CACGGAUAGCCACACCCCUUAAAAGUUAUUCAACAUCCUUUCUUACCUAAGCAACGUUAUCUAACCUUGCUUGACGGUUUGUUUUGUUUCUGCUAAACGCAUAGAAAUUUAGACACGCUGAGUCUGAGAUGGCAUCUGGCUUCAGAAAACCAAGUGCAACUGCAAUUCAGCGGAAGAAAGCAGCUCCCAGACAGGACCUGACGGAGGAACAGAAGCAGGAGAUCCGAGAGGCGUUUGAUCUGUUCGACACUGACGGUUCUGGCACUAUUGACGUUAAAGAGCUUAAAGUUGCUAUGCGUGCUCUGGGUUUUGAGCCAAAGAAGGAGGAGAUCAAGAAGAUGAUUGCUGACGUCGAUAAAGAAGGCUCUGGCACCAUUGACUUUAAUGAUUUUCUGUCAAUGAUGACCCAAAAAAUGAGUGAGAAAGAUUCAAAGGAAGAAAUCCUAAAAGCAUUCAGAUUGUUUGAUGAUGAUGGGACAGGCAAAAUCUCAUUCAAAAACCUCAAACGAGUUGCAAAGGAGCUUGGUGAAAACCUGACAGACGAAGAAUUACAGGAAAUGAUAGACGAGGCAGACAGAGACGGUGAUGGAGAAAUCAAUGAACAGGAGUUCUUACGGAUAAUGAAGAAGACUAACCUGUAUUAAAGUGUUGUCUUUUUCUCUUUGCUUUUUCUACUCCAGGUUCUGCUUAUUUGUAUUUAGUGUCGUUUUCAGGUCAUUUGUAUCAAAAUGGUAAUCUGAAACUCGAAUCUCAUUUUUCAGCAUUUUUUGAAACUUAUGCUUAAUUUUGUAUAAAAAUGAAUAAAUAGUUUUGACUAA